GCAUAGUAUAAAUUCCUUAUUCUCGCUCCAUUAGGUUUGCCCACAACAAACGCAGAAGAAAUUGUUCCAAACAUAUCGUUAUAAUAUCAAACGGUCUGAUUUAUUGCAUACAGUUGGAGCUUUUUCAAAAGACUGUUUUGUAGUCGAAGCAGAGAAGUCAAACGAUACGCGAUGGAUAAAGGUGAGAAGUUACCUAAUGAAAGGCUUCGCGCAAGCCGUAGUGGAACUACAAGUUUGAAGCGCUAUGAAGAAAUGCUAGUGAUCAGCAUGUUGGGAACAUCGCAUGCAAACGAGCCACUUCAAGCUGUCGUAGAAAAUCAACUACAUCCAACCGCUCUUAAGGAAACCAACAAUAGUAUUUUAGAACGUAACCGAGCUCUCCUACAAUAUGUAGCCACCAUUGCCAGUUCAAAUAAACGUUCUGAUAAGUUCAACUAUGAAUUUGUGGAAUCGUUAGUUAAUGGAGGAGCAGAUAUCAAUACGACUGAUCAAUAUGGCCAAUCCAUAUUUCAUGAGGUUGCAAGGUGUUGGGAUUGUGACGUGGCAAAAUUUCUUCUUGAUUUAGAUUGUGAUAUAAAUAAACAAGAUUCCUACGGUCGUGCGCCACUACAUGUUGCUGCUUCCGUUGAUUAUUUUGAAAUGACUCAGUUCCUUUUGAUUAACAAUGCUGAUAUCGACGUGAGAACUUAUGGUGAAAAUCAAGCACCUCUACAUUAUGCUGCAAAAAACGGAGCUACAAAAUCACUCAGAGUUCUGCUUGGAUUCAAUGCGGAUAUAAACUCGAUGGAUGCAAAACGCAGAACUCCAUUACAGCUUGCGGCAGAGUGGACUCGUGGCAAUACUGCUGAAGUAUUAUUAGAAGAGGGUUGUGCAUCAUGUCUUCUUGACACGUCUGGGAAUAGUGCUCUCAAUGUUCUUAUUGAUCGCCUUCCAAACCUUGCUUUGGAGGCACUAAACCAACUUCACAGUACAGAUAUUAUAACGAUGAAAGAAUUUUACCACAUUCAAUAUUUGGAACAACCAUUAACUGCAGAAAUACAUGGCGAAUGUGAAAUGACAGACAGCAAGAUACCUCCACCAGCUAAUUUUGAUCAAAAGAAUACAUUUGGUACCCCCAAAAAAGUUGCAAAUGGAGUAAAAAAUGGGAAAAUACCAUCUUUUUCUUCGAAGGAAAACGAUCCGUUAACGAUAAAAUCCCCAGCACGCUCUCCUCUUGAGAACGCAGUUGUUGGUCAAAAGUUUGAAGUUGUCACUCAUCCUGUAAUGCAAAGACUUAUUCAUAAUAAAUGGCUUUUGUAUGGUCGCCUCUCAACUAUUUUUGAUUUGCUUUUUCACGUUGUUUAUGGAACAUUAUGGACUAUUUGCUGCAUUACAAUUCCAGACAACGGAAAACAAUUGUAUGAUAUGUCUUAUCGAACUUGGACUAAAGUCAUGGCUAUUAUUGUUGGACUGAUGACAUGCUACAAUAUUAUUUUCCAAAUUCACGAAACAAUUAAGGCGCGAAAAUCUCAAAAGACUUGGAUUGAAUGGAAGAUAGCCCAACUAGAAGCCGAGAAGCAGUACUGUCAUCCUCGUUGGCCUCAGGAAGAAAAAUAUAUAAACCUCGAGAUAAAACGCGCAAAAUCUUUGCCAUUGUUGAGCUCUUUUGGUGCAUGGUUUUAUUUGGAUUGGUUUUUGAUUGCCUCGAUUCUUCUCACCGUUAUUACAGGUGCCGUGUACCACAAAGAGGACAAUACAGCCACAAGAUAUCUAUUCACUCGCACCAUAAGUGUUGUAAAUCUUAUUGUUUGGUUACGGUUACUUAAGUAUGUGAGACCGUUUCAAGGCAUUGGUACUCUCGUCAUUAUAUUGGGUGAAACUCUUGCUGAUUUUGUAAACUGGGCAUUUCUUUUUUUAUUGUUACUGGUUCCAUUCAUGGCGGCAUUUUGGAUAAAUUUUGGCUCAGUAUCAAUUAAUCCUGUGAAGGGCUACGAUGAAGGGAACCAUUUGUUGCAUACCGUGUUUAGAAUGGCCGUCGGGGACGAGUUUAAUCUUGAUGGAAUUGUCAGUGCUGAUCCAGUUAUGGCGAGGAUACUUGUUGUUUUAUUUUUAACUGCAAUGACAAUAGUGACACUGAAUCUUCUUAUUGCUUUGCUGACCGACACCUUCUCUCGAGUGUACGGCAACGCCGUUGCAAAUACCAUCAUGCAACGGGCUAUAAAAGUUGUAAAUGCCAAAAAGACGUUAUUGAAAAAACAAAAGAUAAAGUAUAAGGAAUACAUGCGUAAUUACUGUAGUCCAGAGGUUAUUGAUAUGUAUGUUCAAGAAAGAAUUUCGACAACUGAUGAACAAAUAGCGAGAAAUGAAGUUCAAAGUCAAUUAUCUCAUCUUAACGACUUGCUGUUUGAUCGUUUUGGAAAAGCUUACGGCAAAGAUAAUUCUUCAGAUUUUGAUUGCCUAUGCCAAGAUGUAAAACAGCUGCACUUUUUACAGCGAGAGGUAGCGAAAGACUUGUCACGGAUUCAAGAACUUUUGAGCAAAUACGCAGGCAAUUCUAAUUUGAAAGUUACCUUUGACAAACUGACUAGACGUCGAAAGAAAGAAGAAAAGCCACCGCUUAAAAAAUCAGAAGAAAAGGAGGAAUCUAAAGGCAUUCUGUUUACCAUUCAAGAGAGGGCAAUUUCGUUUUUUGCAAGGUUCACUGCUGACUCAGAUGAAGAGAAAAGUGCUGCUACUUCUAAAAACGAGGAGAAAAGAGGUCGUCGUCGUCGAAGAACCGAAGACAGCGAAGACGAACGUUCCGAACGGAGACGACGACGACGACGACUACGACAACGUCGUAGCCGUGAUAGAGUGAACAAUAACGAUGAACGACAACGUCGUAGCCGUGAUAGAGUGAACAAUAAUGAUGAUACUGAACCACUUUACAGAGACAGAAGAAGCAGACGAGCUGUGUUUACUAGUGAGGGCAGUCUUGAUAGUGAAAACGCCCAAAGUACAAGAGCUACCGUUCAUUACGAUAGCAGAAAUGGUACAAGCUCAAGAGAUGGCAAUGAUCAUGUUAACUUGGGUUUCAGUUUGUAGUUUAUGCAAAGGCUUAUGAAACGAAACGUUUGACUUUUUCUGAUUAUUGUGUUAUCUGUAUUUCUUAAAAUUAUUUCAUAUUGACUACAUCUAUUUUUUACUCAUAGGAUUAAAAACUACGCAUUUUUAUCACCAAACCACUAUCACUUUUGCCAAAUAGCCCAUUGCGUUUAAGGAAUUUUAGGACGCAUUUCAAUCAUGCUUUUUGUAUUACUUUUUUUUCAAUAAAAUUAAUUUUGAAAAUA